UCCUUCCCCGGUCCGUGCCGGGGUCCCCUCUUCUCACCAAAAACCGGGCGCCGGAAGCGGCUGGGAAUGUUUACGAGAAGCAGGGGAGAAGAAGCCAGGGCAGAUGAUGGUUUUCUCCACCCCUUCAUCUCCAAAUCAAGGCAAAACGCUUUUUUAAAACCCAUCCCUCGGCCAAGCCCGAGGUCAGCGCGGUGCCAAGGAGGAAGCAGCCCGGCCCGGCUCUCUCCGGUGUGUUUGACAGAGGGGGCUGGGGGGGAGGAACGCUGAUUUACGAGAGCUCCCCCUUUGGCCUGAAAGCCAUUCCCCGGACCCAAUUCCCCGGGAAACACCGCAGGCGGCGGGAGGGCGCGGCGGCGGGGUCCUCCCCGGGGCCGGACUCGAACCCCCCCCACCGGCUCCGAGCCCCGCGGCGGGCGGGCAGGAACUCCAGGAAGGUGUUCUCCCUCCGAGGACUUCAUUAAAGCAGCCCAAAUGUGGAGGGCGGUGGCUAAGGUCCUGCCAAGGGCCAAAGUCCCCAGGGGCAGGGCGUGCUGCCUGCCGCCGGCGCAGAAGGGCAGGAGCCUGCUGACUGGGACCAGUGGGCACCGCCAGCGGGACGUGGCUGCUGCAGGGCUGCGCGCCGCCCGGCCCCUCAGCAUGAACCCGGGGAUCCAGAAGGUGGAAGCUUUGGACGCGGGUCAUUUUGUCCGGGUGGAGUGGGAGGACGGGAGCGAGAGCCGCUACCCCUGCGUCUGGCUGAGGGACAACUGCCAGUGUCCCCACUGCUUCCUGCAGUCGGCCAGGGCGCGCAGGCUGGUCUUCGAGGACCUGGAUGUGGACAUCGUGGUGAAGGAAGUCGCUCUGGCAGGUAGAAAAAAGAUCUCUAUUACGUGGCCUGAUGAACACGCAAGCGAGUAUGAAGCUGAGUGGCUGAAAAAACGAUGCUUCUCAGAAGAAGCCAGAGCAGAAAUGCGAGAAGAUUUAUUUUUACCAGAACGCCAGUACUGGGGCUCAGACCUGCAACUUCCCGAGAUACCUUUUGAAGAAGUCAUGUACAACGAUGAGAGCGCUUAUAAGUGGCUGUGCACCCUAAAGAAAGUAGGAAUCGUGCUGCUAACAGGAGCUGCUGCCAGGCAGGGAGAGUUGGUUAAACUUGGCCACCGGAUUGGGUUCCUGCGCCUGACUUUCUAUGGACCAACUUGGCAAGUGCAAGACAAAGCAGAUGCUAACAACGUGGCUUACACAACCGGGAAACUAUGUUUUCACACCGAUUACCCUGUUCUGCAGCAUCCACCUGGGGUUCAGCUUCUCCAUUGUAUAAAGCAAACAGCUGCAGGAGGAGAAAGUGAAGUUGUAGAUGGAUUUCAUGUAUCCAACAAGCUGAAGAAACAGAAUCCUCAGGCGUACCAGAUCCUGUCCUCUACUGCUGUGGACUAUACAGAUGUUGGGGUGGACUACUGUGAUUUUGCUGUGCAAUGUAAACAAAAGAUUAUAGAUGUGGAUUCCAGAGGCCAGGCAGUUCGUAUCAAUUAUAAUAACGCAACAAGAGACACAGUGUUUGACAUACCAGCUGAAAACGUGAGGCCGUUUUAUGCAGCUCUAAAGGAAUUUAAUGAUUUAUUAAACAGCGCUGAACACAAGUUUACUUACAAGCUGAAACCAGGAGACAUAGUGACGUUUGACAACUGGCGCGUGCUUCACGGUCGCCAAAGCUACCCAUCGGGACCAGAAGUGAGUCGUCACCUGGAAGGGGCCUACGCAGACUGGGAUGUGGUCAUGUCCAGGCUCCGGCUCCUCAGGAAGAGGGUCCUGAAUAGGGACUGAGCUUUCUGCUGACUAAAAUGAGCCAAACCUGGAUUAUCUAACCUCAAAAAAAAAAAAAAUACAAACAAACCACCAAACCCCUUAAAAAUAGUGUUUUCUUUUCAGAAACUAACAUCACAAAUAUAUUUUUGAGUUCCAUAAACUAAGAAACCUCUUGUUCCUAACAAUUUAUCUGUGCCCUGAUCUUUGAAUCUAUAAAAUGCCUUGCUACCUCUGUCAGUGUAUUUGCUUGUUAAAAUCAGUGCGCAAAAUGGCUUGAAAGAUUAUCACUCUACUGGACUGACUGGGAAUCACAAUUCCUUCAUUUUUCUCUACAAAUAUACCUGCCCUCAUUAGAGAGCUGGGAAGGGAGCAUCAAAAAAGGGCUUAUAAGUAUUAUUUAGUUAAGAUUUGUUAGGAACAGCACCUUCCUCUAUUUUAAGGGAGACGUUUUUAUUGCAUAAAUCAUAACUAAAACUCAUUAUCAAAAUAGCAACUCACUGCCGCGGAGUUGUUUUGAUAUACACACCUUUCUAGGUAGAACUCCACUUUAAUACAAGAUCUCACUCAACAGACGCUGUGUGCUGUAUAUCCCGCUGUACUUGUGAUGACUAUCACUGCCACCAAUAAUUUUUCCUACAUUUCUAAGUCCAUAAGCUCAGAAACCAUAAAGCUUCCAGAGAACACGUCCUAUUAAUUUUCCUCUGCAUUAGGAAUAGAAAUAAAUCCCAGUGUAGAGGUCGCAGAUAGGGUCAGAAAUCCCAGCAGAUGCUCUGCACAGGUGAAAUUAAGAUCUGCAGGGCAGACAGGCUUUUGAGUGAAGUCAGGGAGAGGAACGCUGUUGCUGCUCUGCAGCUAGAAAUCACAAAGCACAAGAAGUGUUCAUUGACUCUGCACCUGACAGAGAAGUGGUGACUGAUCUCAGAUCCUGGUUUUUUUACACCAAAUAUGAGAGCAGACCCCCAAUGGACUUGGUCUGCAGGGCGUUUUCCUCUAGAUUGUGUUCUGAAUAGAGAUCACACUAUGUAAAAAUUACUGCAGCUCAAGUAGUGUUUUUUUCCCCCCUAUAUUCAGAUGCCAAAUUGAAAGGGAAAAAAAUUUAAAAUGCUUGUUUUUAUACCUGACAAUAUGUCCACUGAGUUUAUUUUUCACUGUCCUUCUAGCUGCAGCGUUAACAGGGCAUGCUCUCACCCAUGUUGAGUCUGGCAAAAUAAUCACACCUCCACCCCCAGAUCUGCUCUGUUCAGCUCUUUAUUUUCAAACUAUUCCUUGAAAGUCAAAUAAAUCCUAGUCUCUUCUUAGUAGGCUAAAAUAAGAGAACUACAGAAUUCAAUAACUGUAGAAUUACAUUUCUUAACACAAAAUAUCCCAACAUCAGUGAUAACCGAACAUUGGCUUGGAAACACUUCCAUAGUUUCUACUUAUCAUUUACAGUCAAGAGAUAUCUCAGCUGAAUAAUCAAAUAAAACUAAAUUAGGCUCAGUCAUGACCUGCCAUAGUGUGCUUCGAAUCCAUUCCUCUUUAGCAAGUAGUGAAAUGUUUGCAUCAAAGUUUUGACAUUAAGAUGUAGCGUAACAAAACUGGCUUUUAGCAGCAAUUUGAUUUCUCAGUGCUUCCUUUAAUUUUGGAAACAUGAGAGUAAUUUUUGCCUUUGCUAUAAAAGGAGGAAAAGAUAAGGAAAGGUUAAUACCUAUAUUCUGUAAGACACCAGCAGUACUGUGUUUUAACUGUGAUAUUUUCCACAUAACAAUUUCGUGCUAACUGCAAUUUGUAACAUUAAAACAAGGCACCUUGGGAUUUAUACCAAUGGUUAAUAGGGAAGAGAUAUUUUCUGCUUUUAUUCUGUACUUUUCUAAAAAACGUUUAUUCAAAAUUCUGUUUAUUAAAAGCCGUUAUGGAUCCGA